CCUAGCGCUCUGUUUGUUUCUUCAUCAUUUCGUCAUCUUCUCCAUGGUUCCGGGGUAAGAGAAGAUGCAGCACAAUUUAUUUACCUCGAUGCGUAGUUUGAAGAUGAUGGACGGGUGCAAGGGCUUGCAGGUUUGUGCCCUGAAUCCGGGGACCACCGCUGGGGGCGGCGUUAGCGGUGUUUUCCAGCACUUACACGACCAUUUGAAGGGCAACCCUAUUAGGUCAAGAUCCACUCGGAAUUUCCAGAGCAUCCAGCACUCUAGCAAUAAUGUGGAUCCAGCCACCUUAGCCGAAGCCCUAACAGCUUACGGCCUCCCCCAGGCUGACCUCAUGGAGCCCCAGAUCGACCCCUGCCUCAAACCCUUAGAUUUCGUUCAGACCUUAUCCGAACUCUAUCUUAAGAUUGAGGGUUGUCCCCAAUUUGAGAAGUCUAGGGUGUUUCUAGAGCAAUGCGCUGUAUUCAAGGGGUUGGCGGACCCUAAGAUGUUCAGGGCGAGCCUGGUUUCUGCCAGGAAACAUGCCGUUGAUGUUCAUUCUAAGGUUGUUCUUUCGGCGUGGUUGAGGUAUGAGAGGAGAGAGAACGAGCUUAUUGGGGUAUCGGCUAUGGACUGUUGUACACGUAGUAUGGAAUGCCCAAGAUGCUCUCUGGUGCCAGGAUAUAAUCCUGAAUCAGCUAACGACCGUUGUGCAUGUCUUAGAACAGCAUGUAUAAACAAGGAGGGUGACGAAUAUUCUAUAGAGGAAGAUGAGGAAAUCUCCCCCUCGCCGAAGCAUUCUGGAGAAAAAGAAGAUGAUGAUGAUGAAGAUGAUGAUGAUUAUUAUGAUGUGUCAUUUUGCAUUGGGGAUGAUGAGAUUAGGUGUAGUAGGUUCAAGGUUGCCUCACUUUCAACACCAUUCAAAACCAUGCUGUAUGGUGGCUUUAUGGAGACGAAGAGGGAAAAGAUAUACUUCUCCCAAAACGGGUUCUCCACAAAGGCAAUGAAAGCUGCUGAGGUCUUCAGCCGGACAAAGACCGUUGAUUCUUUUGAACCGGAAGUCGUCUUAGAGCUCUUAUCAUUGGCCAACAGGUUCUGCUGUGAGGAAAUGAAAUCUGCUUGCGAUGCAUAUUUGGCCUCUUCUGUUUUUGACAUAGAAGAUGCUGCAUUGCUUAUAGAAUAUGGGUUAGAGGAGUCCGCUUAUCUUCUAGUCGCAGCUUGCCUGCAGGUUUUCUUGAGAGAACUUCCCAUGUCGAUGCAAAACCCAAACGUAUCAAGUCUCUUCUGUAGUUCAGAAGGGAGCAAAAGGUUAGCUUCGGUAGGACAUGCUUCCUUUUUACUAUACUAUUUUUUGAGUGAGACUGCCAUGGAGAAUGAUAUGAGAUCAAACACAACGGUGAUGCUGUUAGAAAGAUUAGGGGAGUGUGCAACUGAAGAAUGGCAAAAGCAACUUGCGUCACACCUGUUGGGUUGCGUGAUGCUUCAGAGGAAAGAGUACAAAGAUGCUCAACAAUGGUUCAAGGCGGCUGUUGAGGCAGGCCAUGUUUAUUCAUUAGUCGGUUUUGCCAGGGGAAAGUACAAGCGUGGACACACUUACAAGGCAUAUAAGCUGAUGAGCUCACUCAUACAUGACCACACACCAUGUGGGUGGAUGUAUCAAGAACGGUCUCUGUAUUGCAGUGGGAGAGAAAAGAUGGUGGACUUGAAUGUGGCUACGGAAUUGGACCCCACACUCUUUUACCCUUACAAGUAUAGAGCUGUUUCAAUGGUGGAGGAUAACAAAAUCGAGGCCGCUAUCUCAGAGAUCAACAGAAUAAUUGGUUUCAAGGUUUCUCCCGACUGCUUGGAACUCCGUGCUUGGUUCUUAAUUGCCUUGAAGGAUUACAUCGGGGCAUUAAGAGAUGUGAGGGCACUGUUGACUUUGGAACCUCAUUACAUGAUGUUCCAUGGGAAAUUGCAAGGGGAUCAUUUGGUGGAGCUACUGUGUAAUGCAGUUCAGCAGUGGAACCAAGCCGAUUGCUGGAUGCAACUGUAUGAUCGAUGGUCUUGUGUUGAUGAUAUUGGCUCUCUAGCAGUUAUACACCAUAUGUUGUCUAAUGAUCCAGGAAAGAGUCUCCUACAAUUCAGGAAGUCUCUUCUCCUUUUGCGGUUGAAUUGCCAUAAGGCUGCAAUGAGAAGCCUGAGAACAGCAAGAAACCAAGCUAGAUAUGAACACGAGAGACUAGUGUACGAAGGUUGGAUAUUAUAUGACACAGGUUUGCAUGAGGAAGCAAUUGGUAAAGCUGAAGAAUCAAUCUCAGUCCAGAGAUCCUUCGAAGCCUAUUUCCUAAAAGCAUAUGUUUUAUCUGAAACGAAUCGUGAUACGGAAUCUUCUAUGUAUGUUAUAGAGCUGUUAGAGGAAGCUCUUAGGUGCCCUUCUGAUGGCCUUAGGAAAGGCCAGGCUCUAAGUAAUCUUGCGAGUAUUUUUGUAGAUAUUGACAAGCUUGAUAAUGCCAUUGAUUGCUACAUGAAUGCGAUCGAUAUCAAGCAUACGCGGGCCCAUCAAGGCCUGGCACGUGUAUACCAUCUCAAGAACCAGCGACAAGCUGCAUAUGAUGAGAUGACUAAGCUAAUUGAGAAGGCAAGGGAUAACGCGUCAGCUUAUGAAAAACGGUCUGAAUAUUGUGACCGUGAAAUGGCAAAAAGUGACCUUAUCAUGGCAACGAAGCUUGAUCCCCUCCGUACCUACCCUUAUAGAUACAGAGCGGCAGUUCUGAUGGAUGACCACAAGGAAGCAGAAGCCAUCGCGGAGCUGAGCAGAGCCAUAGCCUUCAGGCCUGACAUACAGCUACUCCAUCUUCGAGCAGCAUUUUAUGAUUCCAUAGGUGACCACACGUCGGCUAUCCGAGAUUGUCAGGCAGUCCUAUGUCUGGACCCCACACAUGCUGACACAACAGACCUUUACCAGAAAGCGCGCCAACAUCUCACCGAGCAGCGGCAGAAGACAUAGAAAAGAUUAACAAUAGAGACAUAUCAUCAAGUUUUCCUCUUUUUUUCAUGGGCUGUUGUUAUUGAGAGCCUGUGGGUCGGUCUCGUCUGCCCGUGCAACCGUACGUAGGCCAUUUUACGUGCCUACACUCUGCAUUUUUUUGUUUAGGUUGAAUCAAAAUUAGUUUGGGAUUUGCGGGUAUAAGAGAGAGUACAUAAUCUUGGAGAAUGAGCAGUAUUGAUGCAUGUAAAUAUCCUCUCUUUUUUUUUGUGUAAUACAAAGUGAAAUAUAGUGAAACAGAAACAAGUGUAUGAUGAAGUUUGAUAUUGGCAGCUAUGAUACAAAGAAACUCUUAGGCCCCGU